AUGGUUUUGCCGAUUCUACCGUUAAUUGAUGAUCUGGCCUCAUGGAAUACCAAGAAAGAAUACGUUUCCCUUGUUGGUCAGGUGCUCUUGGAUGGCUCGAGCCUGAGUAAUGAAGAAAUCCUCCAGUUUUCCAAGGAGGAAGAAGUUCCAUUGGUAGCUUUGUCCUUGCCAAGUGGUAAAUUCAGUGAUGAUGAAAUCAUUGCCUUUUUAAACAACGGAGUUUCUUCUCUGUUCAUUGCUAGCCAGGACGCUAAAACAGUCGAACACUUGGUUGGGCAAUUGAAUGUGCCAAAGGAACGUGCUGUUGUCGAGGAGAACGGUGUUUUCUCUAACGAAUUCAUGGUAAAACAAAAAUUCUCGCAAGAUAAAAUCGUGUCCAUAAAGCAAUUAAGCAAGGAUUUUUUGACCAAAGAAGUGAUUGCUGAAGUGCGUACAGACCGUCCUGACGGUUUAUAUACCACACUAGUUGUCGACCAAUAUGAGCGUUGUUUAGGGUUGGUGUACUCUUCCAAGGAAUCUAUAGCAAAGGCCAUUGAUUUGGGUCGUGGUGUUUAUUAUUCUCGCUCUAGGAAUGAAAUCUGGGUCAAGGGCGAAACUUCUGGUAAUGGUCAAAAGCUUCUGCAAAUCUCUACUGACUGUGAUUCUGAUGCUUUAAAGUUCAUCGUUGAACAAGAAAACGUUGGAUUUUGCCACCUGGAGACCAUGUCUUGCUUUGGUGAAUUCAAGCAUGGUUUGGUGGGCCUAGAAUCUUUACUAAAACAAAGGCUACAAGACGCUCCAACAGAAUCUUAUACUAGAAGACUAUUCAACGAUCCUGCAUUGUUGGAUGCCAAGAUUAAAGAAGAGGCUGAAGAACUGACUGAGGCGAAGGGUAAGAAAGAAAUUUCUUGGGAAGCUGCCGACUUGUUCUACUUUGCGUUGGCCAAAUUAGUGGCGAACAAUGUUUCAUUGAGGGACGUCGAGAAUAAUUUGAAUAUGAAGCACCUAAAGAUUACAAGACGGAAAGGUGAUGCUAAACCAAAGUUCGUGGGAGAAGCAAAACCUGAAGAGGAAAAAUUGACCGGCCCAAUUCACUUAGACGUAGUGAAGGCCUCCGACGAGGUUAGUGUCAGGAAAGCCUUGAGCAGACCAAUUCAAAAAACUUCUGAAAUUAUGCAUUUAGUCAACCCGAUUAUUGAAAACGUUAGAGACAAAGGUAACUCUGCUCUUUUGGAGUACACAGAAAAGUUUGACGGUGUAAAAUUGACCGAUCCUGUUCUUAAUGCGCCAUUUCCAGAGGAAUACUUUGAAGGUUUAACCGAGGAAAUGAAGGAAGCUUUGGAUCUAUCAAUUGAAAAUGUCCGCAAGUUUCACGCUGCUCAAUUGCCAACAGAGACUCUUGAAGUGGAAACCCAACCUGGUGUUCUGUGUUCCAGAUUCCCUCGUCCAAUUGAAAAGGUUGGUUUGUAUAUCCCUGGUGGUACUGCCAUUUUACCAAGUACUGCAUUAAUGCUUGGUGUUCCAGCUCAGGUCGCACAAUGUAAGGAAAUUGUAUUCGCAUCUCCACCAAGAAAAUCCGAUGGUAAAGUUUCACCUGAAGUUGUUUACGUCGCAGAAAAGGUUGGUGCUUCCAAGAUUGUUCUAGCUGGUGGUGCUCAAGCCGUUGCUGCUAUGGCUUACGGGACAGAAACUAUUCCUAAAGUGGAUAAAAUUUUGGGUCCAGGUAAUCAAUUUGUGACUGCUGCUAAGAUGUAUGUCCAGAAUGACACUCAAGCUCUAUGUUCCAUUGAUAUGCCAGCUGGCCCAAGUGAAGUUCUAGUUAUUGCCGAUGAAGAUGCUGAUGUGGACUUUGUUGCCAGUGAUUUGCUAUCACAAGCCGAACAUGGUAUUGAUUCCCAAGUCAUCCUUGUUGGUGUCAACUUGAGCGAAAGGAAAAUCCAGGAAAUUCAAGAUGCCGUUCACAAUCAAGCUUUACAACUGCCACGUGUGGAUAUUGUUCGUAAAUGUAUUGCUCACAGUACAAUCGUUCUUUGUGACGGUUACGAAGAAGCCUUUGAAAUGUCCAACCAAUACGCACCAGAGCAUUUGAUUCUGCAGAUCGCCAACGCUAACGAUUACGUUAAAUUGGUUGACAAUGCAGGAUCUGUGUUUGUGGGUGCUUACACUCCAGAAUCGUGCGGUGAUUACUCAAGUGGUACCAACCAUACUUUACCAACAUACGGUUAUGCUAGACAAUAUAGUGGUGCCAACACUGCAACCUUCCAAAAGUUUAUCACUGCCCAAAACAUUACCCCUGAGGGUUUAGAGAACAUCGGUAGAGCUGUGAUGUGUGUUGCCAAGAAAGAAGGUCUAGAUGGUCACAGAAACGCUGUGAAAAUCAGAAUGAGUAAGCUUGGGUUGAUCCCAAAGGAUUUCCAGUAA